AUGCAGCUACCACUGGAUUGCGAAAAGGCCAUCAUUAUAUGUGACCUAUACAUCGACGAGGAUGGGCGCAUGGUAUACAGUGACGAUGUUGGGGAGCUACAGCAAAAACAAUCUCGAACAACGAUCUUAGCCACUUGGGCAGUUUCGAUCUGUAUCAUCUGCACGGUGGUGAACUGUUUGAUCGCCUUGCAACUUCCCGAGCUAGCACCAUCUCUCCUGGAACCAAUUUUCUCAGUCACCAGGGAGCAAUAUCAAAUCCUCCAUCGGCCAGUUGUCUCUUCUGACCGUGGCGAUGAAACUGCUCCAGAACGCGUAACUUUGUCGAAAGGAGUCAUCACCUAUCCAAUUGCUCUCAUUCAAACAGACCUGACUACUGGUCGGUAUGUUUUAAACGAAGCAUUAGUAUCAGGAGGAAUGCUUCGUGUCAGCCAAACAGUGGAACAGUUCCCCUCGCUGGAUAUCACCACGCUCAGUCAAGCAGAACUUCCCGCACGAUUGACGAACAUCGGAUAUCUCGCAGCAGUUCAUGGUACCGCCAUCAACUGGAUCCAACCUUUUGAUUGUGGUUUGGGAGAAGUAUUGACGUUUGAGGUGUCAUGCUUCAAACCUGGUGAUUCCAUUGAGGAAUGCGACUUGGAAUGGUGGCAAACGACAAGAUAUGAAGACUCUUACAAGAAUAUACUUAUGAUCCAGCGCGGAUAUAGUAUAUAG